GAGCUCUGUCGCUACAAUCAUACUUUUUUCUUUUGUUGAGCAAUUGAUUACAAAUUGAAUAAAACUACUCAGAACAAUGUUAGAAAUAAGAAUAAAUAGCUUCGAAAGAAACAGUCUUAAACAGUUGUACUUGAAACAUUCGUGGAUCAACAUGUUCUUCGGACUUAUAGGGUACUUUUUGCUUAUGCUGCAAAUAAUUCUUGUGCCUUAUUCAAAUGGUGCAGGUAACACUCAAAUAAGUGUCACGGGAUCAGAAAAAAAUAAUAUGGUAGGUCUUGGACGAUGUGGCAUCAAUAAAGUGUGCUGCCCCAAGGGGGAAACGUAUCUGCCACAGGAUACUUGUGGACAAUCAAGAAUAAAACCUACGAUGGGCAAAAUACCGGCGCUGAAUGAGUUUCCCUGGAUGGCCAUGCUGUUAUAUGGAAAUAAAAACAAUUUGUCCGAGAAGCUGGUACCAAAAUGUGGUGGAUCCCUAAUAAACAACUGGUACGUCCUGACCGCAGCGCACUGCGUGGAUAGUCCAUUUAUGGAAAAUGAAUUUGUUCUCAAGAAUGUGAGACUGGGUGAACAUAACACGUCCACAAAUCCCGAUCGGACUAUUGUGAAUGGAAUAAGUCAGUACGCUCCUGAUUAUAUGGAAAUUGAAGUGGACCAAAUUUUAUCGCAUGAAAAAUUCAACGUGGGAUGGCGGAUGAUAAACGACAUAUCACUCGUGCGACUUAAGUUAUGUGCAGGUGGUCUGGAUGGGAAUCGCACCAGUCCCGGCGAUUCCGGGGGACCCUUAAUGGAGACCGUCAUAAGUGGGAAUGUCGCAAUCACUUAUGCAGCCGGCAUAAUCUCCUACGAACAGACAACUUACACGCCAGAAUUUCACACAAACACUUUAUAUUUUUGGGAAUGGAUUAACUCGAAAAUGCUAAGUGCAUUUAUAGACAGCGAUCCAUAAUUGCAAUUAAUUGGUUUUCAUUUUAC